AUGGGCAAGAACGAUAAAAAGUCCGGCGAUAAAGGCGGCGGCAAGGGAAAAGGCUCUGAGGGCAAAGAAGGAGGAGGCAAGGCAAAGGGGGCGAUGUCUAUCAACGUUCGUCACAUUCUGUGCGAGAAACAUGCCAGGAAGGAAGAGGCUUUGCUGAAGCUGAGCGAGGGUGUCAAAUUUGACGAGGUGGCACGGGCCUAUUCAGAAGACAAGGCACGACAAGGUAUUCGAAAUCGCCUUUUCCUUUUCGCUCUCCGGCAUUUUAUCAACUGGUGUUUCUCUGGAGAUGGGUUGCUGAUAAUAUUGUUUCUAUUCGCGGCAGGGGGUUCUCUAGGUUGGAAGAUAAAGGGGAGCCUGGAUCCUACAUUUGAAGAAGUUGCCUUUUCCUUGGAGCCAAGCACUACGAGCAAUCCUAAAAUUGGAGAGGCCAAGACUCCGUUUGGCUAUCAUAUCAUCAUGGUCGAGGGGCGGAAAUGA